AUGCCCCCCAUCAUCCUCCCCGCAAACCAGCCCCCCAACCGCUUCUACGCCGGCGGCCCCCAAAUCGCCGCCCUCCGCUCCCAUCCCGCCAGCGCCUCCCACGAGCCCGAGGACUGGAUCGCAUCCACCACCUGCUGCGCCGGGCACCAGGCCGCCAACAACAACAUCGGCCUCACCCGCCUCCCCUCCGGGACUCUCCUCCGCGACGCCGUGUCUUCGUCGCCGGAGAAGUGGCUCGGGCCGGGCCACGUCGCCAAGUACGGAGCUGACACGAAGCUCCUCGUGAAGCUGCUCGAUGCGGGACAGAGGUUGCCCGUGCAUGCGCAUCCGCACGUCGACUGGGCGGCGAAGCAUUUGCACGACGAAGAGAAGAAGAAGCACGGCAAGGCGGAGGCGUGGUACAUCCUUACUCCUGGGACGGUGUGGUUGGGGUUCCGGGAGGACGUCGACCCGGAGGAGUUGCUUCGUGUUGUGCAGGAGGGGCGGGGCGCGGAGCUUCUGGAGAGGAUGCAUGAGAUUGACGUCGAGCCGCAUCAGACGGUGUAUGUGCCUCCUGGUGUUGUCCAUUCCAUUGGCGAGGGCUUGUUUGUCGUGGAGGUGCAGGAGCCGUCGGAUAUGUCGAUUCUUUGCGAAUGGAGCGGGUUCAAGAUUGAUGGCGCAAAGGAGGGCCAUUUGGGGGUCGGCUUCGAGACGGCACUUACAGCUGUCGAGACGAAGGGGCGGACGAGGGAGGAGGCGAUGAAGCUUGUCACGGAGCCGAGGGUUGCGGAGAGUCUCUGCGUGGAGGAGUCGAGGCGGUAUUUCCUUCUGGAGAGGGUGCUGCUUGUGAAGAGCAAGAGUAGUAGUUGCCGGCGGGGGUUUGCGGUUGUCGUUGUCCUUGAGGGACAUGUUGUUUUGAAGACGGAGUUUGGGGGGGAGGGCUUGGAUUUGACAAAGGGGGCGACGGUGGUGGUUCCGUAUGAGGACGGGGAGAUUACGUUGGAGGGGCGUGCGGAUGUUGUUAUUGCUCGGCCGCCUGAGUAG